AUGAGUAUAGUUCAUCCAGAUACCUCGAAGUACGAGUUUAAUUUCGAGCCAUUUCUACGGAAAGAAUAUUCGUUCUCGUUAGAUCCAGAUAGACCGGUAUGCCAAUACUAUAAUUCAAGAGAGGGGAUAAAAUCCUGUCCCAACGGAGCACGCUGUCCAAACAAGCAUGUGCUACCGAUAUUUCAGAACAAGAUUGUUUGUAAGCACUGGCUCCGAGGUCUCUGCAAGAAGAACGAUCAAUGUGAAUAUUUACACGAGUAUAACCUAAGAAAGAUGCCCGAGUGUGUAUUCUUCACCAAGAACGGGUACUGUACACAAUCACCGGAGUGUCAAUACUUGCACGUAGAUCACAAGAGUCAGUUAGAAGAAUGUGAGGAUUAUAAUAUGGGGUUCUGUCCAUCGGGACCUGCAUGCACGAAGAAACAUGUCAAAAAGGUACUUUGCCCCAGAUACUUGGUAGGGUUUUGUCCACUGGGUAAAGAUUGCGACUGGUCGCAUCCCAAAUUCAAAGUACCUUCAGAACACAGCAAACUGCGCAUCAAGAAAGACGAGCAUAUUAAUACAAGAAAGAUGGAUGAGGAAAGGGAAAGACGCUUGAAUGCCAUUAUCAACGGUGACAUCCUAGUCACGUGA